GCCUUUGCGACCACAACCACCUCAUCAGCAGCUCCACCUCCGCUGCCACUGCCUCGCUCCGCACCUCGCCUCUCUUGCGCUAGCCGCACCGGCCGCCGCAUCUGCAGCUGCCCAGCCAUCUGCCCGCCAGCCUCGGAACCCUCCACCUCGCGCCGCGCCGCACCAGCGCCUCAUCAAGCCCGCACUCCUGCCUCGCGCGCCUCGUCUCUCCUGAGCCCACGCCCAGGAUGCUCGGCAAGCUGCUCCACCUCACGUUUGACGCGCUGCUGCUGUCCAUGGUGCUCUCGGGUCUGCGCCGCGGUUCGGGCCUGGCCGUUGAUCUCAAGUCGCUGCCGAUGGAUGCGCGCGGCAUCGUGCGCGGCUGGCUCGAGUCGGGCGAGUGGGCCAUGGAUUUCACGACCGUCGUGCUCGGCCGAUCGUCCUACUUCGAGCGGAUCCGGUAAGCCCCGACUGCGCAAGCUCUCUGCCAGGACGACGGCUGUUUUCAAGAUCAUCGACCAUCCCG